UGACGUCACUCAGGCUGUCUCCAAAGAGACGCAGCGUUUAGUGAGUGUUGGGGCAGCCAGGCGGCCAGUGUGCAUCCCAGGACGCAACACCAGAGUAGCUGGGGCUCAACUUUCGCUUGAUCGCUAAACUUCGGACGCUUUGGGGGAAACUUACGGAGAAGAAAAUGGGUUGCUUUGAGUGCUGCAUUAAAUGUUUAGGCGGGGUGCCGUAUGCAUCGCUGGUGGCUACGAUCCUCUGCUUCUCUGGCGUUGCCUUGUUCUGUGGAUGUGGCCACGUGGCUCUCACUGGCACUGUGACCAUCCUGGAAACCCACUUCUCCAAGGUCACCAGUGAUCAUGCCAUGCUGACUGACGUAAUACAGCUGAUGCAGUAUGUCAUUUAUGGCAUCGCUUCGUUUUUCUUCCUGUAUGGGAUCAUUCUGCUGGCUGAGGGCUUCUACACAACCAGCGCCGUCAAGGAACUCCACAGCGAGUUCAAGACCACCAUCUGUGGACGCUGCAUCAGUGGAAUGUUUGUGUUCCUCACGUACAUUCUGGGUGUGGCCUGGCUUGGUGUGUUUGGCUUCUCUGCUGUGCCAGUCUUCCUCUUCUACAACAUGUGGUCUACCUGUGCUGCCAUGAAGUCUCCCAUGGCCAACCUCACCAACAUUGACUCCAUAUGCGUGGAUGUUCGUCAGUAUGGAAUUAUCCCAUGGAAUGCCACACCAGGCAAGGCCUGUGGAUCUACGCUAGGUGACAUCUGCAACACCAGUGAGUUUUACCUGUCUUAUCACCUGUACAUCGUAGCAUGUGCUGGGGCAGGAGCCACUGUGAUUGCUCUGAUCCACUUCCUCAUGAUUCUCUCAGCAAACUGGGCCUACCUUAAGGAUGCCAGUCAAAUGCAUGCCUACCAAGACAUCAAAAUGAAGGAAGAGCGGGAGCUGCAGGACAUCACUUCACGCUCAAAGGAAUGCCUCAAUUCCUACACAUAAGGAUAUUACACACUCAUGCUCACACUCACACUCCACAUAAACAUACUUAUACACACACACACACACAUACAAAGACACAUAGACACUGUGGCAAACCACUGUGGCCCCUUUGGACCAAGACAAUACUCAGCUAAAAUAACCUGCCAACUGCCCUGACACUGUGCAGUACUAACCAGGCUCCUAACACACUAAUGCAUCAGUGUUGCUUUCUGCACUAACUCACCAAGAGGUGUUUUGGAACCGCUAUAUAAAGUUUCAUUCAUGUUGAUUUUUUAUUUUCUAUUUUUCUUGAGGGAAAACUUGAUAUUCAUGCUGUCUUUCAUUUUCUCUAGCCCUAUUUUAUAACCAGUUUUUGCUGGUGAAGCUUGAGACAUUGCACUAUUCUUAUAAAACGCAUAACAGUGAGUUUGUUUCACAGUCUUGCUCUGUCUUUCUUCUGAGCUGGUGGGGCCAGUUUUCAACAAGGGAAUGUAUCACUUUUUGUUUAUUUUUGCUCUUUUUCAAUCAAAAAUGCAGAUUAAUUAUACACAACAUGAAAGGCCUUACAUCCAGUAAGAGUUAUUGUGUCACACAGUACUGACUCAAUACUUACUACAUUUCAAAAGAUGUUUUACUUUCACUUCACAGUUAGGGAACAGGUCAAAUACACAAUAUGCACGACAUUCUGUUGUAAAAGUGGUGGUUACAUGUACUCUCUAAAUCUAGAGUCCUUUCUACUUAAGUUCUUAACUGCAUUACCAUCUCAAUUAGUGAUAAUUUGAGUCUUGAUCUUUGGUUUUAGAUUCUAAUUUUCAUUGUAGAGCUACAUGAAAGUCACACAGAACUCUCAUGGCCUACAUUAACACUACCUCAGGUGUGCACUAGAACCUCUGGAACACUUCUCCCCUGUAAAACUAUGGUUUGAAAAUCCCACCUCAAUUGCAAAAAGAUGCCUCAAACACACAGUAUGCAUUUAGGUAGCUGCAAAGUAAACCAAACACAGACAAACAGACACACACGUCAGGAGCUCUUCUGCAUCACAGCAUCAGAGAAUUUUUUAUGAGUAAUCCCUUUAGAAUAACUUGCUCGUUAAAUGUGGAUUGCUGCCAAUAAUGAGAUGUGUAUCCAUUUGGGCAAAUGAAAAAAAGAUCAAGACUUGCCAAUGAAGAGAGCUCCAUGAUCCUUCAGUAAACAGUUCUAGCUUAUUGUGUAAUGUAAAAUAUGAUCAAAAUCAACUUGAUUUUAAAAACUGUAUGAAUCAAACUGUGUCCCAUGUGUAUUGGUACUAUGAAAAAAAACAAACAAACUAUUGAUUGAAACAGAUCUGAAGAACUUAUGGUGUGAACUGUACAUUUAUCAAGAUUUUGUGUCUUGUUAUUACAGAAGACAAAAACCACUUUUUCUUAAUUUUCUCUGAUUGCAUCUUUUUUGAUGUGCAGUUGUCAUAAUACUGACAUAAUUACUUGUGAGCUUUUAUUUCUGUUAGUUGAGUUACAGGGUUAACUUGAUGUUUCUUAGUUGCAUGAAGAAAAUUGUUUCUGCAGCGACACGUGAUGUACAGUCAUGUAUACUGACAUCGGUAGUAGGCAGUGUUUGCCUCUUUCUUUUUUUCCUAACCAAUUACAAAAUUAAUCCAUUUUAUGUAGCUGAUUAGUUAUAGAUAUUUUUUUAGGUUCUUUUACUCAAGUCAAAAGUCUAUACAUCCUAUAUUAUUUUGUUGCCUGAUAGUAUAUCUGUAUUUUCUAUGAAUGUCAAGGGCUUCCUCGUGAAUUACUGAUGCUUAACUUUUGAUUCAACUUUCAAAUAACAGUUAGUCGCAACACCAGUCAUAUGUAUUACUGUAUGGCAAUCUUAAAUUUAGCCAAAGUAUGAAUGCCAUUGUGACUCUGUGCCCAGUGUUUUACACAGUAUCUCUGAGAUGCUGUAGCACCAAACCUGCAUUGUUCUACCCAUGACUAAUAGCCACAGGUGGACAGAGGCAGAGAUGAAAGGUGACAGAUGUACAUGAAGCUGUGGUACGUCACAUUUCAUCUUUGUAUGCUGUGUUCCCUGUUAAAUGAACCAAAAAACUAAAGAAUAAAGGCUACCUAUCAAUCACCAGAAGGACAACAAUCCAGCAUCCUGUCUGACUGGAAACCCCUUCAUGACAUAACUCAACUGGCCUGUUGACUGUUUUUAUGAAAAUAAAAAAUAAAAUAAAACAAACCUCUA